AUGCAGCGAUCCGGCGCGACACCAACGACUGCCAAUGCACCCUUCUUCUCGACUUCCUUCUUCUCCUCCUCCUCCAAGUCCCGUCCUGGCACAUCGUCUGGCGACCAGCAGCCGCCUCAGCAGUCCCAGUCGCAACCCCCUCCGCAACCUUCGCCCUUCUUCCCACCGCCACUACAAUAUCCUUCCGGUCCCAACGUCCUGACCAAAGACCGCAAGAGCUCCUUCGGACGCAAGCCAUCCUUCAGCUCCCCCUCCAAGUCCUCGAAGCGCCGCGCAAAUAGCUCCAGCUCUGGUGGAGGAGGCAAUGUCGUAGUCACCGACCGCAACGUACCCCCCGCCCUCCCAGACUUCGCCCUCGCUGCCGCUGCCAAAAUCACCCGCGACACCGAUAACAUCCAGAGCCCCGCCUCCGGCGACAGCUUUUCCAAGAUGCUCAGCCGCUCCCAUACCGGCUCGACGAGCCUGGCCGCCGACCGUCUUCAGCCGCCCCUGCCUUCCGCCACCCAUCCCAAUAUGUGGCAGUCGAGCGAGUCUGUCGUGUUGCACAUGCAGAUGCAGGAAAUUGCGAACAAGAGGAUAUCCACCCUGGACUACAUCCGCAAGGCACAUGAAGGCCGCGUUUACUGGUUCAACACUAUCCUCUUUGACAAGCCCGACCUCCAACGCAUGCCCUCAUUUGACCAGAGAAAGCUUGCCCGCCGUGCUACGAACUACCUCCUCCUCGGCCUCUCCCUCCCCACUAUCGUCGACCUCUACGCCAAUACACCCAUUGAGUUCCUCCGCGCCCUGAACAACCUGCUCCAAGAGUUUGAGUCUUUCCAAAACCUCCACGGCGAGGGCGGCGGCACCACGAGCUCGUUAUCCCGCGCGCGGCUACCGCAGAUGUUCCGCCGUCAGGGCGGUAAGUCGCGGCGCAGCACGAGCGGUGCGAAUGAUAUCGGCUACCCUGGGGAUGACGGAUCGGGCGGUGGCAGCUACGGCGGCAUCGGCUCCUCGUCCAGCGCGAGCGCCAGCGUAAUGUCAUUUGCCUCGAGCGACAACGAUCUGCUCCCUGGCGAGGUCUACACGCAUCUGCUGACGCCGUCACUGCCGUUCGAGCCAGACUUUUUUGAGACAUUUGCAACGCUGUGCGAGGUGCUCAUUGACGUCUAUACAAGGGUGCUGACCCUGGUACCCACGCCAAGAGAGACAACAGCGCCUGUAGCGGAGCUCUUCUCAAAGGCCGAUGCCAAAGUGCGCAAGAUCAUCGUACAGGGUGUCGUCAAGGAGUUCGAAGACAGCAGCAGAUCGCACAUCAAGACGGAAGUUGCGAAUAUUGGUAAAGUCGUUCUUGGUGGGUUAAUGUGA